AUGAAUAUUGUUCAUCCAGAUACUAGUAAUUAUGCAUUUAAAUUCGAACCGUUUUUAAGACAGGAAUAUAGUCUGUCUUUGGAUCCAGAUAGACCUAUUUGCGAGUACUAUAACGGUAUAUCGGCAGACUCGUGUCCUCGAGGAAACAACUGUCAUAAGAAGCAUGUCCUACCUAUUUUCCAAAACAAGAUUGUAUGCAAACAUUGGUUGCGUGGUCUUUGUAAGAAAAAUGACAACUGUGAGUACCUCCAUGAAUACAAUUUGAGAAAGAUGCCUGAGUGUGUGUUCUUCAGCAAGAACGGGUUUUGUACACAGACUCCAGAAUGUCAAUACCUACAUAUUGAUCCAUUAACAAGAAUAGAAAAAUGUUCAAACUACGAGACAGGAUACUGUCCAUUGGGCCCAGCCUGUACAAAAAGACACAUCUCAAAGAAUAUAUGCCCAAGAUACCUAACAGGGUUCUGUCCUCUGGGGAAAUCUUGUGAUAUGGCCCAUCCAACUGCUUGGUAUAUCCCAGAAUCAUUAAAGAUUAAAAAAGAUGACGAGAUAAACACAAGGAAAUCGGACGAGGAGAAAGAGAAAAGACUAAACGCAAUCAUCAAUGGUGAAAUAGAGUUCCCAUAA